AUGGCGUCCUCAACUUUGGCGCCGCCUUUGUCUCCGGUGACAUCUGGUAAUGGCACUCGUCCACCAGGAGUCAAUCGUGCGCUCACCGCUCCCACCAAUAUGCCUGUAAACGGUCACUUUGCCUCUGUCGGCCAGAAUGGCACGGCAAAUUUCGAGCACGGCGUACAGGUCAUUGAUGAAGAGAAAGAGUUCAAUUCUGAUCUAGCCAAAUACCUACAGUUUACUAAAGUCGCCCACUCCGGCUUCAACUACCAUGUCAUAUCCGUCUUCGGCUCCCAGUCUACCGGCAAGUCGACGCUCCUCAAUGCGCUGUUCAAGACCGACUUCGGUGUUAUGCACGAGGCGGAGCGGAAGCAGACGACAAAGGGCAUCUGGCUUUCUAAGAACAAGUCCACCACGGGCAAGAUGUCCGACAAUAUUCUCGUGAUGGAUGUGGAGGGUACAGACGGUCGUGAGCGAGGAGAGGACCAGGACUUCGAAAGAAAGAGUUCGUUAUUUGCGCUUGCAACAAGUGAGGUUCUGAUGGUCAACAUCUGGGAACAUCAGGUCGGACUAUACCAGGGAGCGAACAUGGGCUUGCUCAAGACAGUCUUCGAAGUCAAUCUGCAACUCUUCUUGAAGGACAAGAAGUCGACAUCCAGAAGUCUGCUUUACUUCGUCGUCCGCGAUUUCCUGGGCACGACGCCUCUACAGAACCUCCGAAACACGCUGAUGCAGGACAUGGCCAAGAUCUGGCAGAGCCUGUCGAAGCCAAAGGGUCUCGAGAACAGUAGCAUCGAUGAUUACUUCGAUUUCGCGUUCACCGCUUUACCGCACAAGCUGUAUCAGCCAGAGCAAUUCACCCGAGAAGUUGAGAAAAUGGCCACCCGUUUCCGAGAUGGACACCGCGACGCACGAAGAGAUCCACUAAAGAGCGAGUUUGAGAACGGCGUCUUCCUACCCGAGUACCACCGAAGGAUCCCGGCCGACGGGUUCUCCCACUACGCAGAGGGCGUGUGGGACCAGAUCGUUGAGAACAAGGAUCUGGACCUGCCAACACAACAAGAGCUUCUUGCGCAGUUCCGGUGCGAUGAAAUUUCGCGUGAAGUCAUGGUCGCCUUCGAUGCUCUAGUUCUGCCACUGGAAACCGCACAAGCAAACACGGCUAGAACUGGAGAGUUUACUUUACUGGCGGAUCUGGGCAAAGUGAUGACAACGGCGAGAUCCGAUGCCGUCACAGCCUUCGAAACUGAGGCUGGGCGAUAUCACAAGGGAGUCUACCAGCGGAAGAGGACGGAAUUAGAAACGAAGAUGGACGCCCGACUGAAGGCGCUAUUUACCGGCCAACUCACAGCAGCACAUAAGCUCGGAGUAGAAGGCUUCAGCAAUGCUGUCAGUUCCGAGGUGAAGGCCGGUCAGAAGAAGGGGGCCUCGUACGACUUUGCCGAGAUUGUGAAGACACAGAAGAAAGUUGCUCUACAGAAAUUCGAUUCUGCUGCCAAGGCCUCCGCCAUUGCUGGGCUUUCCUGGUCUACAUACACCCAAGAACUUACACUAUACCAGAAAGAGCUGGACAAAGUGUCGGCACAACUCAGAAAAGACGAAAUGCGUCGACUGGCAACACGAGUCGAGAGAUGGGUACGAAGCAAGUUGACCGACAGUGUCGGACUGGAGUUCAAUGCGCUUGGAUCUGGUCGAGGCGGAACCGGAGCUCCAGAGAAGGGCGCGCAGCCUGUUGAGAAAGGCAUUUGGGACCGGAUAUGGGUGCUCUUCACCAAAACAGUUCAAGAGGCAGAAACCCGAUUCGCUGCUCGCGCUCAAUCUUUCGAUGCGAGCCCAGAGGAAGUCGAAGUUGGCAUCUGGCGUCUGCGCAGAAAAGCGUGGGGCGUGCUUCGCGCUAAAGUUGAUGAAGAGAUGAUGGAGGGCAACCUCCUCUUGAAGCUGCGCGAGAACUUCGAAGAUAAAUUCCGCUACGACGAAGAAGGUGUCCCACGGAUAUGGCGGCCAACAGACGACAUUGAGGGCUUGUACACAAAAGCCCGUGAGAGCACACUGCAGCUGAUACCCCUGCUGUCAAAAUUCAGACACUCGGAAACAGGCAGUCCUCCACCACUAGACAAAUGGAUAGGCCACCAGCCAGCUGCAGCAACUGCCGCGGACGAAGAAGACCUUACGCCUAUAGGAGGCGUCGACGAAGAAGAAGGCAAGAGCCUGGAAGAGGAAACAACGAUCCUCAACGAAGCCAAACGCCAAGAUCUAACCGUACGCUUCAAGAAGGCCGCCGAUGGCGUCUAUGUUGAGGCUAAGCGCAGCGCGAUUGGAGGCAUGACGCAGGUCCCAUUGUACUUUUAUGGUCUGCUUCUUGCGCUGGGGUGGAAUGAGAUCGUUGCUGUCCUCCGCAACCCUCUCUACUUCGUCUUCCUCAUCCUGCUCGGUGCAGGCGCCUACGUCACAUAUCAGCUCAACCUCUGGGGCCCUAUGCUCAACAUGGCGAACGCCGCCUCGGCGCAGGCACUCGAGGAGGGCAAGAAGCGUCUGCGAGAGUUCCUGGAGAGUUCGGAGACGGGCAGGGCGGCGUUGGCAAUGCCUGCUGCUCAAGGAAUGGGAGGCGAGAGCUAUGAGAUGCGAAACAGGACUACGUCGAGGAAACAAGAGGAGGACGGUGCGGGAGGUGAUGAGGAGAUUUAG